CGUCAGCUAAAUAUCUUUAGUUGUUGGCCAGAUUUCGUGUUUUUUUUAUUAAGGUUUAAGACUCGUAAACAAUAAUAGUUAAACAAUAAAUUAAUAUGUGUAUAAUAAUAAAAAAAGUACGGGCUAAUUAAUAAAAUAAGAUUUAUAAAUUUUUUGUCAUUAAUCUGGGACUGAAGAAACUGAUUAAAAAAAAAUAAUAUACUACGUGUAAAUGCGACAUAUAGUUUGGCAUUGUUGUGAUGGCAGGACACAUAGAAAUUUCCGAAAUAUACCAAAAAGAGGAGGAGAAAAACGAAAUAACCAAUAUUAAUGUUUCUGAUAAAACAAGUUACGUAGAAGAUGAAGAUAUACAACAAAAUAGUUUUUAUAACAAUAUAAAACGUUACUCAAGGUAUGACUUGUUAUCUCUUCGAAGUGGCCAGCUAUCUUUACAUUAUCCACAGUGUGCCCUCCGGACUGAUUUGCAGGCAUUAUCCGUAUGGACAUGUCGUUUGCGUUGUGAGCUGCAGUAUUUAGGAUUGUGGAAAAUUCCAAACACAGGAAACCCCUACCAUAAUUGUAGCUGUAAUGGGAGCUGUCAAUCAUAUACAUGUGGGGAUAGCCAGCCUUACAUUUCCUCUACUUCUCAAGUGAACGCCGCUAAUUCUCAAAUAUGUUAUGGAAAUGUACAACAAUCGCAACAAUUACAGCCCGUACAACAAACGACAAAUUCGUCGCCAACUUUAGGCAGUAAAAGAGCUGUACGAUCACGUGAACGUUCCUUAAAUUAUCAGCGUUGUAUAAACACCGAAUUAAUACGGGCUACAUCACCUAGUGGUGUUGAGGGUUCAAUACAACAACACCUGAAGCCUGCUUUUAUUGAUCACCGUAGUAUUUCAUCAUCCCAUCUUAUGCCGGCAUUUGCAAAACGCCGAAUGGGUCAUGCUAAUACCGCACAUGGUCAAUCAGACUCCAACUGUUCCAAUUUUAACAAUAAUUGUAGACACAAUUCUGAACAUUUAUCCAAUGCCGAUGGAUCUAGUGAAGGCCCAACACAUUUUGAAACAUUAAAAUCUCGAAAGGAUUCAGUCAAAGCGGCGAAUAAUCAAAAUGACUACCAUAUUUAUAAAUCAUCAGCUAAUAACCGUCUCGAUAAGAGUGGUGAUCAGUCGUUAGAUAGUCAAUCUGGAUGGAUGAAUUUAAUUAAGAAAGUUAACUCUGAGUAUGUGGCGUCAAAUAAUAAACCAAGUAAUGCUGGUAGUGUUAACAAGAAAUUAAUUUAUGAACGUCGUAUUGGCAGUGGUCGCCUGGUGCAACGAGAAGUUAAUUGGGAUAAAAUAACAGGUACCAAUAAGCAAAUCGAAAAGGAAAACAGUACAACAGUACAUUCAAAUGUCAGUAAUAACAAUAGUGAAAAAGAGAAGGAUAACAUUAUUUUCGGAGAUAUAGACAAACUAAAUAACCGCAACUCUUCGAUAGCAGGGUACUCGGAUAGAAGAACUCAAGACAGGCGUAUGUUCGACCGACGUAUAUCUAAUCCGGAUGAUUCAAAAAAUGGUGUUAGUAGUAAUACAAACAAGAGGUAUACAACGACAACUGUUGGAGAAGAAAGAAAUAAUUACCACCAACAAACACAACACUUUUCGGGCCAACGGUCUAUGUCAUUUCGACGUCGUGAAUAUGUUGAGCACAAAGAUCACCACAGAGAUUUUAGAGAUUUUCGCGACCCGAAAGAUUCGCGAGAAAGUCGGGAACAUAGAGGAGGCGAUCAUCAUAAUCACCACCGAGACCGCAAAGAAGAACCUGAAUGGUUUAGUGAGGGUCCCACUUCACAGCAUGAUACCAUUGAAUUGCGUGGCUUUGAAGAAACUGACGAAUCUCAGCAGCAACGAGAACAAGACGUUUGUCAAUACAACAAUUCAAUAAUUGAGAGAAAAACUUCGGAAAGUUCGCUACUGUCACAUAAUAGUAGUAGCAAUGCUAAUUUGUAUACCAAAGAAAAUUUUGAUAUCUCCACCGAAGUAUUAAAUAAUUCCCACAAUACCACAAACACAUUCGACAAGGAUAUCGACAAUGGUAGCAACUGCAAUAAUGCGAAGGAGACAGCAAUACCACCAAACAGGGAUACUGAUGCCAACGAAUCGCCAACAGAUACACCACAAAUUCAUCCAAUAACUGAAGAAUUUGAAAAUUCCGAUAAACGUCGAUCGAAUGUUACCGAACUUUUCUUUGAUAAUUUUCUCAACAUAGAAGCUCUUGAAAAUACAUUGAUCGGUAGCAAUAAUGAUCAGUCAAUGCCUAUUAAUAAUGACGUCAGUGGAACUUCACGUUUUAGCCGUUGGUUCUUUAACAAUUCAAAUAAUAUUAACAGUAAUGAUGAAUUCAAUAACAAUCCGCCCACUAAAGACGAUUCAAAACUAAUUAACAAAGAUUUGAACGAAAGUGACUUUAAUUCAUUUAUGACAUUCUUAAAAUGCAACAAAUUUCCCACACCUGAUUUACCAAAAGGUUUACCAUCCAACGUUUCUGCACUAAGUGUUGAAGAACUAGAAUCUAGAAUGCGGAAAAUGGACUCAGGAGAAAUUGAAAAAAAAAAAGGCGCCAGCAUUAGUCAAAAUUUGGAGAAAAGCGAUGGCAGUCAGGCUAAAGGAUCAUCUGGAUUUGAAAGUGAAUCAGACCCCUCUCCUCAAUCGGCAGAAAUAAACUCACAGGAUGUGGAAGCAUUUCGAAAAUUACUAGACCAGCUAGGAAAACCUCGAGUAGAUAUAUCAAUGAACAUUAUCUUACCGAAUACGCCAGGACAACCACAUUCAGUACCAACUUCCGUUGGGGAAUAUCCCACUGGUAUAUCACCAAUACCACCCAAUGCACUGCCCCAAUCGAAUGUGGCCAAACAAGAAUAUAUGAUGAAACUUAUGCAUCAACAACAAAUGUUACAUCACCAGCAAAAUGCGGGUAAAAUGGUAGCACCUAUUCUUCGACAUCAUCAUCAUAGAAUUCCACAAAUGUCUCCACAACAACAGACUGAAAAUUUGCCUUUAAUGUCAGCACCCCCUCAGCACCAUCCUCACUCCCACUAUAUGCCAAUAAUAAUGGGCCCUCCGCAGAAGCGACUUGAUGUGCAACAUAUGAUUCAGUCUGUUGUCCGUGAGGAGCUAUCGCGAAGCUUUUUGGAAAAAGAAUUAAAGAACCCAAAUGUUCCCCCUUACACUAAAGAUAUUAUUUCGACAGUAUUAAAGGAAACAUCCCGAUACAAUCCAUCUACAGCAGGCGGUCAAAAUGCACCUGAUUCGGUGGAAGCAGCCGCCACCAGUGAUAUUUCCGCUGCACCUAACCAUUUAAUGCAAUCUUUAGCAAGAGGUGAAGUAUCACUUAACCUUCUGGAGCAUGAAUUAAAUAAACUAAAUAAUACUGAAACCUCAAAUAAUGAAGCAUUCAAAGAAAGGUCGCGCUGUGGUACUCCUUUAUCCACAUCAUUAAACGGUGUUUCUAUUCCGACGAGCGGAGGUGUGAUUAUACCAUUGCCUGCACAAGUAGUUCCUGCACAAAAACAAAAUUCGGUUUUAACAAACGAAAACGUUUGUAAUAUUGCAUCUGAUCAACAACAUGUUAUAUCAUCCAUUUUGCGAUCACAUCAUCAUGAAGAUUCACCACUACAUAUGCCAACCCAACGGGAACUACAAAUGCACACUCAAGCCAUUAUGCAAAAUGCGCUGUUCAAAAAGAAAAUAGAUGUAGAUGAGGCAAUGAGAAGACGACAAGAAAUGCAUAAACAGCAUGAAAUUGAAUCAUUUAGCCAACAGCAUCAACAACAGUCUCUAAAUUCCAAUUCAGUAAUGCCUCAACAAGGCCACCAACAAACAUCACGGCAUGUAAAUUCUCCCACGCCUCUAGCUUUUACACCAACAUCGGUUUUACGUAAAAUGACUGCAGAGAAGGAUACAAUUUCUAAUUCUACACAGGCCACAACCAUUGCAUCCUCAUCACCACAACAAUUGCAAGCACAUAUACAACAGCAACAUUUAAAGAUUCCCACGCAUCCCCAGAUUCAUGGGCAACAGAUGUCGUAUCAGCAUUCAAAUCAACCUAGAAUGAUACUUGGUGGGGGAAAUUUUCAGUAUAUGCAUCAGCAGCAUCAAAUUCCACCAGCUGCAAAUGGCAGUCCACAGAUUUCUCCACAACAAAAAUCUCAAAUACGCAAUCAACCACCUCUAAAAUGGUCACCUUUACCACACUCAUCUGCAGAAUCUAAUCAUGCUCUUCUUAAUAAUAUGAGUAAUAAGCCGAUGGGCCGACCAAUACUAAAGGGGCCGGGACCUAUUCAACCUUUAGUGCCACAGAAUGCACAAAACCCUAUUGGUCAAAAUCAGCCAAAUAUGAAUCAAAGCUCUCAACCCAUUCAAACAGUGUCUCAAAUGCAAAACUAUCCAUCAAUUCAACAUCCAAGACAAAUUGUUGGCCAACAUUUUCCACCUCAUAUAAUUCAACAAAUACCUGCAACAUCUCAACAAAACAAUAUGCAACAGCAGCUAUUUCAACAACGGUCAGUUGUAAUGCAACGCCAGCAAAUUCAACAAAAUGAUUUGGGAAAUCAUGCACCUUUACCACCACCAGCGCAUCAUCCAGCUUGCAACGAUAACAAUUCAGUUACAACUUUGAAUUUCCAACGCGAAGGUGGUUUAUCGCCAACCAGUAAUCAAUUAGCCCAAUGGUUUUCGCCAGAACUACUGGCACAGGCGUCAGCAGGAAAACUGCCAUUAUUAAAUAUGAACCAGGCCCUAAGUUUAGAAGAAUUUGAAAGAAGCAUACAACAUUCCUCAACUUCUGUAAACAAUUGAAUAUAUAAAUAUUAAAUUUAAAUACUACUUAUAUUAUUAAAUUUAUGUAAUUUGUAUACCAUA